AUGUUCUUCUUCUUUACCUGCGGAGAAAAGACCAUCCGUAGCAAGCUCCCCGGCUACGAAGGCGUCGUCUGCCAAUGCCACAACUGCGGCAACAUGUCAGGACGCGUCCUCAAGCGCCGGCCCUUCUUCACCUUUUGCUUCGUCCCUAUCAUUCCCUUCACCAUCUCCGGAUACAAGGACAUCUCCUGCCACAUCUGCAACUACAACCAGCCCCUCGAGCAGCGACCAGACGUACAAGCCAUGGCGAAUGGCGGUGCGGGCGUCGGUCCCCAGCGCGGUCCCGGUCCCCCUCCCGGACCCCAGCAGGGACACAUCAACCCGCAGCAGCAGCAGUACUACCAGGGACAGGGUCCGCCGCCGGGGCCCCAAGGUUGGGCGAAGCAAGGGCCCCCUCAGGGAGACCAUCGCUACGGCUAA